AUGAGUGAUAAUAGUGUAAGCGACUGGAAGACGCAGUUGAAUAUUCCAAAGAAAGAUACCAGACCGCAAACGGAUGAUGUUUUGAAGACGAAGGGCCGUUCGUUUGAGGAUUUUUACUUGAAGAGAGAGUUGUUGAUGGGUAUAUUCGAGGCUGGAUUUGAGAAGCCAUCGCCUAUUCAGGAAGAAGCUAUACCGGUUGCGAUUGCUGGGAAGGAUAUAUUAGCGCGUGCCAAGAACGGUACUGGUAAGACGGCCGCAUUUGUUAUACCAACGCUUGAAAAAGUGAAACCAAAGCUAAACAAGAUCCAGGCCUUGAUCAUGGUUCCCACAAGAGAGUUAGCAUUACAGACGUCGCAGGUGGUGCGUACGCUAGGGAAGCACUGUGGUAUUUCCUGUAUGGUUACCACAGGUGGUACUAAUUUGAGAGACGAUAUUAUGAGAUUAAACGAACCAGUGCAUAUUCUAGUUGGUACGCCAGGUAGAGUACUAGAUUUGGCCUCAAGGGGAGUAACAGACUUGAGCGAGUGUCACUUGUUUAUCAUGGACGAAGCAGACAAGAUGUUGAGUCGUGACUUCAAGGUCUUGGCGGAACAGAUACUUUCGUUCUUGCCUGAACGCCGCCAACUGCUUUUGUUCAGUGCCACCUUCCCAAUCACCGUCAAGGAAUUCAUGGUGCAACACUUGAAGAACCCACACGAAAUCAACUUGAUGGACGAGUUGACGUUAAAGGGUAUAACGCAAUUUUACGCGUUCGUGGAGGAAAAACAAAAACUCCACUGUCUAAACACUUUGUUCAGCAAAUUGCAGAUCAACCAGGCAAUCAUCUUUUGUAACUCGACAAACCGUGUCGAACUAUUGGCUAAAAAAAUUACUGAGUUGGGCUACUCUUGCUACUACUCUCACGCAAGAAUGAAGCAAUCGGAAAGAAACAAGGUCUUCCACGAGUUCCGUCAAGGUAAGGUCCGUACCCUUGUCUGUUCUGAUUUGUUGACUCGUGGUAUCGAUAUCCAAGCUGUUAACGUCGUUAUCAACUUCGAUUUCCCAAAGACUGCAGAAACUUACUUGCAUCGUAUCGGUAGAUCUGGUAGAUUCGGUCACUUGGGUUUGGCUAUCAACUUAAUCAACUGGAACGAUAGAUUUAACUUGUACAAGAUCGAACAAGAAUUGAACACCGAAAUCGGACCUAUCCCAUCCCAAAUUGAUAAAUCCUUAUAUGUGGCUGAAGACAGCUCGGCGGUCCCAAUUCCAUUCCCAUUGGAAUCUUUGCCAAACGCCCGUGCUCCUGGUCAACAAAAUGAAAGCGCUGACCCAUUGCCUCCUCAACAAACACAGGUGCAAUUCCACGCUCCUCCACAACAGCAACAACAGCAAUUGCCACAACAUGUGCAACAGCAAAUGCAACAGCAACAACAACAACAACAACAUUACCAACAAAUGCCAAACCAACAACUACAUCCACAAUCUCAGCAAUACGCUCAACCACCUCUUCCACAACAACAUUACCAACAACAAGGUUAUCCUCCUCAAAAUUUCCCUCCUCAAGGCUAUCCGCCUCAGCAAUAUGCUCAACCUCCUCAACAAUAA